CGAAGACCAUUCUUUCUUGAAUCUUGUAUUAAGCCCAUUUUAUUCUAAUUGAUUCAGCCCCCAUGAACCCCGAAUACGAUUACCUCUUUAAACUGCUUUUGAUUGGCGAUAGUGGUGUUGGAAAGAGUUGUCUCCUCUUGCGUUUUGCCGAUGAUACUUAUACUGAGAGUUACAUCUCCACCAUCGGCGUUGACUUUAAAAUCCGCACAAUAGAAAUCGAAGGCAAGACUGUGAAGUUGCAAAUUUGGGACACUGCUGGCCAGGAGCGUUUCCGCACAAUCACUUCGUCUUAUUACCGUGGAGCACAUGGCAUUAUUGUCGUCUAUGAUGUCACAGAUCAGGACACGUUUGCAAACGUGAAGCAAUGGCUCGCCGAAAUCGACCGGUAUGCCUCUGAAGGCGUUAAUAAACUGCUGGUCGGUAACAAGAGUGAUCUGACUGAUAAGAAGGCAGUAGAGUACACUACGGCCAAGGAAUUUGCGGAUCAGCUCUCAAUCUCAUUCCUUGAAACAUCCGCCAAGAGCGCCACUAAUGUUGAACAAGCUUUCAUGACGAUGGCUAAGCAAAUCAAGGAUCGCAUGGGUACUACCACUGUUGCGCCUGCAACCAACAAGAACAUCAAAGUUGGGUCAGGACAACAGUUGCCAGCACAAUCUGGUGGAGGAUGCUGUUAAAAAGCUUUAAAAAAAAAAAAAAGCAUGUGCCUCUUUGGUUUUUGCUAUCCAAUUAUUUUUUACUUGCCGUCCUAUGCCCUUCAAGCUCUUUAAAGUUGACUUUCACCAGGUGAAAAGUCAUAAUGAAAGGAAGAGUUUUUUUUUGAACAACACAUUCACCUUGUAGCUCUUAGCCAUAAAGCCAUGAUUUUAUUACUUACAAGGGACUCUGAUAUUAUAAGAGUAUUAGUUUCGCAUGAUCUGGUCGCUUUUACGUCCCUUAUUUAAUAUUUGUAGAAAAUGACAAAUUCACUGACAAGUAAAAUUCUGCUAAUGACUUCGUUCCUUACGAACCAUUUAUAUAGAUAUUGUUCAUGCUUGAUGCCAAUAAAACCUCUGAUCUUUUCUG